UGGAACGAGCCUCAAUGGGCAGUUGUUGGUGAUACUUUUCCAAUCGGAUGUCAUCCAGCUCCGAGUAUUGUGUUUGGAAUGGACAGCUUCAAAGACAACCCGGAUGUAACUGACAAGAGAUUAGGUAGUGAGCUAGGUAUUUAUGAAGAGAACUGUGGAUUGGACAAUGUGUCGAUGUCAUGGGGUCACGAUGAAUAUCUCUACAGAGUCCUCAAGGCCAACAACUGUUCCAUUCCAGAAGAGGGUCUGUACAUGAUACGAUACCAUUCCUUCUACCCUUGGCAUACAGGUGGUGAUUAUGAUUACCUAUGUAAUAAUAAAGACGAAGAAAUGAAAGCCUGGGUAAACGAGUUUAACAAAUUUGAUUUGUAUACUAAAAGUCCCGAAUUUCCAGACAUCGAAGAAAUCAAGCCUUAUUACCAAUCGUUAAUCGAUAAGUAUGUUCCAGGAAAACUGAAAUGGUAG